GAAAAUGAAACGGUCUUCUUCAUCACUCUCGCGUUUCUCAUAUUGAGAACGAUUUUAUUUUUCUUUAAAGAAAAACAAGUUAUAAAUUUUUUUUAACCCUGCUGCUACUGAGUCACUGACGGCCAUGGCAUAGAACUUAGAUGCCCCAGGUUGCAGAGAACAAUCCAACCCAGAGCCCCGCAAAAAACCCUAGAAAAUGCAUUUUUCUUUCUGCUUGCGCCAAGCUUCUCGAUCUCUCUCCCUCGCUCCUCCAUCUCUGCGCUUCCUCUCUUUCUCUGUAACGAAGUCAAAACUUAACAAAACCCUAUUAGAGCAGACCCGACAGUCCUCGAUUCGAUCCCACUGUCCUUCUGGGUUGUCUGUUCCAGCUCCCGGCAUCUUCAAUCCGGCUGACAUGAGAUCGCUUCUUCCAUCCUUUAAAGCCCUCUCGCUGUUCUCGGAAAUCCCCCGGAAAAACGGCGUCUUUUCAGGUGAUCCUUGGAAUGUUGCAAAAAAUGUGUGGAGAUUUUCGGGUACUCUGGAGAUGAAGUUGGGUAAUCUGAACACGAAAGAAAAUGUUUCUCUUCCCUAUGCGACAAUAUUUCGACGUUUGAUACAUUCGGAAAGUCCUAAACAUUUUGAGAGGAGGAAUAAUUUUCGGCCCAUGAAUUUUGUGAAGGGAAUUAUAGAGGAAAGUGGUAAGGAUAUCAGAGGAAGUUCUCAAUUUACUCAGCAUGUAACAGAAACAAAUGCUGAUAUUGUUCAUAUAAAGAUGCUCCGUAAUAAUACUUUUAUCAACGUGACGGAUUCAAAGGGUAAUACAAAAGCCUGGGCAUCCUCAGGACACUUGAAGGAACUGCAAGGUGGGGGAAAAGUUUCUCGGUAUGCUGCUGAAGCCACUGCAGAAUUUGUUGGGCGGCGUACAAGGGAACUUGGAGUGAAGUCAGUUGUAAUGAAGGUGAAUGGGUUUACUCACUUUAAAAGGAAAAGACUAGCAAUUUUGAGCUGGAAAGAUGGUUAUUCAAAUUCUAGAAGUGAUCAAAACCCAAUUGUGUACAUUGAAGACACAACUCGACGUCCUCACAAUGGAUGUAGGCUCCGAAAGAAGCGCCGCAUUUAGAUCACAAUAAGCUAGGUUCCUGUGUGGUAUCAUUAAAUUGGGAACGUGGGAUUUUGACCAUGUGUUGAGAAGAGAGUUCAAACAAAAGAGAAAGCAAUGAGUGAUGCAAAAUGGUCUUGAGCUACUGGUGUUUAUUUACUUUUAAAAAAAUUAAUUUCAAUUUGAGAGCUAGGUGGAAUUUGGAAGGGUUAUAUAUUUGGUUGAUUGUCAUUUUUAUUUUGAAAUGUGGUAAAUUGAAUUUUUGUUUAACUUUUGUCACUUCUUAGAAUUUGUUCUUCCAUUUUACUACUGUCCACUGUAAUCUCUAAACUGCUGUUUUUCCCUCUACACAGAAAGGAGGGUUGUCUGUGUCA